UUCACAAGCAUUUAAAAUUGUGCCCAGUGUCACAGUGGGCUGAGCUUAUACAGUUUACAGAGCAGGACACUGGUCAACAAACGCGUGGAGAUCCCGUGCUGCGUAUGCAAACCCUUAGUCUCUCUGCAACUGGCUGACGGACCGCUCUUCCUUUCAUUUUUUCAAGGAAAAAGUGUUGAUCCCAAGGACAUUUAUUUCUCCUAUUAAGGACUCCAACAACGAAAACAUGAGUAAUUCAAGCAAUUUCAUUGGCACUGUGUUGAUUCUCCUUGCUGUGGUCACGGAUAUAGGUGCUAAAGGCUCCCUGUCUGAAGAUGGUGUACCCUUCACCCAGAGUGGCCAGUCUCAGAAAGGAGCCAGGCCCUACCCAACCACACAGGACACAAAGAGAAAUCACCCGCUUCUGACUACAGCCCCGCCGCUUAAUGUCCCCAACCACCACCCUCUUUUUGAUGGCUUCCUUGUGCACCAGCCCCAACAGGCUCAAACCAUCAGUGAAAGGCAACAUGACUUUGAGGACAGUGGGGGAGCGGACCAUGAUCCCACAAUGUCAGCCCUGAACACUCCCUCCACAAGGAGCCCUCCUACUCAUGAUACACCCGCUAUCUCUAACGUUGGCACAACCGCCGUUACUACGGCAUCUAAAACGACAAAACAAGUUGACCCAGGAGUUGAGAACGGGGUACUGUCCGAUGGAAAAAAGACUGGCCCGGUUAGAGGAGAUGGCACCCUGGAUAUCCUGACCACGCAGCUCAUGCACACAUCUGCACCACCCCCACGCACCUUCACCCCCAACUUCGCCACUCCAAUCGCAUCUCAACAGUUACACAUCCCAACCACAACCCCCCCUGCUCCCUCUGCCAUGACCACUCCAGCUGAGAAGGAUGCAGUGAGUACAGUUCAAUCAUUGACAGAGCGUGAACUUAUCCCAUCUGACAACUGUACAUCGGUGUCACCUCGAAUAUCUGUCGAUAUGGAUGAAGAAACCACUACAACCACCAUAACUACAACCACCAUUACCACCACCAUACAGACCCCAGUACCUUGUCACUUCAACCUGACAGCACCAGAUGGCUACAUAGAGACUCCGCAGCCACCGGGUUCCUGGUAUUAUUCCACUGAGGACUGCGUCUACACUGUUACUGUCUACAAGGGCUAUGGUGUGGAGAUACAGAUUAUGAACGUGAGUCUGUCUGAGGGUGACAGAGUGACAUUUGAGGACCUGGGAGGAAGGGAGCCUGUCAUGUUGGCCAACGAGUCCAUCCUGAUGAAGGGUCUGGUGGUACGGAGUCACAGCAACCAGAUCGCUCUCCGUUUCCACAGCGCACGGCAGGACACCGCCGGGUCCCUCCUGCUACGGUACCAAGCCUUUGUGCUGAGCUGUACCUUCCCUCAACGUCCGGCCUAUGGGGAUGUGUCGGUGAGCAGCCUGCACUCAGGGGGAGAGGCCUACUUUUCCUGCCUAAUAGGCUACCAGCUCCAGGGCCCCAAUACCCUCACCUGUCGCAACGCUAGCACCCCCUAUUGGAGCGGCAAUGAACCACGGUGCCUAGCUGCUUGUGGUGGCAUGGUCAAAAAUGCCACAGUCGGCCGUAUCGUGUCAUCUGGUUUUCCAAGCAACUACAGCAACAACCUUACUUGCCAUUGGCUGCUGGAGGCCCCUGAGGGACAGCGGCUUCACGUCCACUUUGAGAAGGUGGCCCUUGCAGAGGACGAUGACAGGUUGAUGAUCAAAAACGGGAACAGCAUCGACUCUCCAACAAUGUACGACUCGUACGAAGUGGAAUACCUCCCCAACGAGGGUUUGGUGAGCACGAUCAGACACCUCUUCAUAGAACUCACCACGGAUGCUUCCGGAACCUCCACGGGCGUCGCCAUCAGAUACCAAGCGUUUGCGGCCGGUCACUGCUACGAGCCGUUUGUCAAGUAUGGGAACUUCACCAGCAGUGACAGCACCUGGGCGGUGGGGACAGUGGUGGAGUUCACCUGCGAGCCUGGUUACACACUGGAGCAGGGCUCGGUCAUCAUCGAGUGCAUGGACCCCAGCAACCCCCAAUGGAAUGAGACAGAGCCGGCUUGUAGAGCUGUGUGCAGUGGAGAGAUGACAGACUCUGCAGGGGUGGUCCUAUCCCCCAACUGGCCUGAGGCUUAUGACAAGGGGCAGGAUUGCAUCUGGGGCAUCCAUGUGGAGGAGGACAAGAGGAUCAUGCUGGACAUCCAAGUACUCAACGUUGGCAAGAACGACUUGCUGACAUUCUAUGACGGAGAUGACCUGACAGCCAAAGUGCUGGGCCAGUACGGUGGCACUCGGCCCCGCUUCAAACUCUACACCUCCAUGGGUGACGUGACGAUCCAGUUCCAGUCUGACCCUGCCACCAACAUAUACGGCUACAACAAUGGCUUUGUGGUGCACUUCUUUGAGGUUCCUCGUAACGACACGUGUCCUGAGCUCCCAGAGAUCACCAAUGGCUGGAAAAGCACGUCCCACCCCGAGCUGGUCCACGGCACCGUGGUGACAUACCAGUGCUACCCGGGGUACCAGCUGGUUGGCACCGAGUUGCUCAUGUGCCAGUGGGACUUGACCUGGAGUGGGGAUCUGCCCAGCUGUGAAAGAGUUGUGUCCUGUGCUGAUCCUGGAACUGUGGAGCACAGUCGCAGGGUGAUGUCUGGACCGCACCUCACCGUGGGCUCCUCCGUCCAGUACAUCUGCAACCAGGGCUAUAUCCUCUCUGGAAACAGCCUGCUCACCUGCUACAAACAUGGCUCCUCUGAGCCCAAUUGGAGCCAAAGGCUACCCAGAUGUGUCCUGGAGACCUAUGAGCCAUGCAGGAACCCAGGCACUCCAACCUUCAGUAUCCCCAGCUCAGAGAAGCCCUUCUACCAGGCCAAUGAGAUACUGCGCUUCUCCUGCCUCACUGGCCAUGAGCUGCUGGGGGAGCCUGUCCUCCACUGCGUCCCUGGACACCCGUCUCAGUGGAGCAGCCUGCCCCCUGUCUGCAGAGCCGAAACACUGGAGUAUGUCAAUGAGCGCAGGCUAGACCUUGCCGAUGCAGAACUCAGAAUGGAUUCGGCCAAUGUAACCAUAGCAGUCCUCAUCCCAGUUGCUCUCAUCUUGGUCCUUAUCUUGGGGAUCUACCUGUACAUUUCAAAGGUUCAAGGGAAGUCUAUACGUCUCCCCAUUGCCUCCACCUUGCCAUACAACCACAUUGCAGCAGAAUCUACCUUUGACAACUCUGUCUAUGAGACUCCAAACAAUGAGGAGAUACGAGAGUAUGAGGUUUCUAUCUAGAGGCCCAUUGAAGCAUGGACAGAUAUCAAGCCUGUUUGCCUUUUGGAAUUUUCUCUGCACUUCUCAACCCCUCCGAAGAUUCAUGAGACCUACAACUUUUCCAACCCCUUCCUCCACCAUGUCCUCUCCACUGAACGUUGUCUUCGAGGACCCCUAGCCACACCACUGCAGAGACUGGGCCACAGUAUUAUUUUUCUAGAGCAUCAACAGCAACGGCCUAGCAGCAGCAUUUAUACAGUUUUUAUCCUGUAAAAUUAAAGACUUAAGUACAUUAUGUCGUCACAGAAAAAGAAGAAGGCAAUGCUAGUGGAACAAAUGUAAGCUUGUACCCAAUAGUCCCAAAUGCAAAAGUGUUUUUUCCUCCUGUGUGUCUGACACAAAAAUAUAGCUAAAAUGUGUUGUUUAAACUGUGUUUCAUUGGAUAUACAGUAUUGUUUACUCUAUAUAAUAAGCUUCAAAUAAGCUUUGUAUGUCACUAUCAUAAUACUUUAAAAACAUUCUUGUUUGAGAUUUCUUAUCAGAAUGUGCCUUAAAUGUAAGGCACUAACUAAGCAAUGCUUGCAUCAGUUGCAGUCUGUUCUAUACAUUUCAAACACGUGUUUUAUUGUUUUUGUUUGCAUAAGGAUCAUGGUGGAGGUGGAAGCCAGAAUUAUGUUCAGUUUACAACCUUACCACUUUUCUGUACAUUACCAAACUGUGUUAUUAGUGUUGUAAAUUUUUCCUACAGCUUAGCCACCAUUGUAAUCAUCAAAGGGAUUCUGCAUAUUGAUGCAAUAUAUUGGUUUGAUGCAACCAAGCUGAAUCUAUUAGGAUAUUGCAUCACCAUUCAAAUUAUCGGUCUUCUAACAUUGCCAAAUGUGAAUAUUUAUUAUUGCAAGAUGGUGUGAUGACAAUGAUGAUUCUGUAAUCUAUUUUUGAUUCAUUGUAUAUAGUGUGCUGAUGAAGCCACCUCACGAACAAACACAUCUUCAAUAAAAAUUAUUAUUCAA